AUAUAAAUAAAGUAAACAAACGUUGCACCAGCAUUACUGAUCAUUUCGCCAUGAUACGAACGCGUUGCGUCUGUCACGCAGUGGUUAGUUGACCAGUAACAGGAACGCGCGUAGUUUUGAGUCUGAUCGGCGUUUCCCGCGUAUUUUACGGGCGUGAUUUAUUGUGAAAAUAAUUUAAAGAUAUAUUUAGUUUGAAAGUGUUGUAGAAGUUGUUAUAGAAUAAGACUAAAAAUGGAUGUUCCAGUAAGAGAAAGUGUUUUGUGGCGUGUCUUUCCAGCCAGAUACAUACUAGCAGUUCUUGGGUCCAUAGGCUUCGCAAUAGUCUAUGGCCUCAAAGUGAACCUCUCAGUCGCCAUGGUAGGAAUGCUGAACCAUACUGCGAUCAAGAUGGCGCAAGUAGCUGAAGGUGGACAUGAGAACAAGAGUGUACAUGAUCUGUUAGGAGGUGAAGAGGAAUGUGCCCCGACUGGAGGAAGCAGCAAUGUUACCGAACAAGAUGGUCCCUUCGUGUGGUCUUCUGAAGUACAAGGCAUUGUGCUGAGUUGUUAUUUCUGGGGCUACUUCGUCUCACAGUUACCUGCUGCCCGCAUAGCGGAGUUAUACUCAGCGAAAUGGGUGAUGUUCUUCAGCGUUUUCAUCAACGUGGUGUGCACUCUGCUCACUCCGGUCAUGUGUGAGCUGCACUACUCCGCCGCUGUGCUCAUGAGGAUCGGGGAAGGCAUUGGCGGGGGUGUAACAUUCCCGGCGAUGCACACGCUGCUGUCUAAAUGGGCGCCACCAUCAGAGCGCAGCUUCAUGGCAGCGCUGACGUAUGCCGGCACCUCGCUCGGUACUGUCAUCUCUAUGCUGAUGGCAGGAGUGCUUACUGCUAAUAUUGGUUGGGAGAGCGUAUUCUACGUGAUGGGAGGUUUGUCGCUCAUAUGGUGCGUGCUAUGGGUGGUGUUAGUUCAGGACUCGCCGCAACAGCAGCGCUUCAUGACGGCUGACGAGAGAGCUAUGGUCACCACUGCGCUGGGCAACCAAGGACAGCAGUCGCAUAAGCAUAACCACCCCGUCCCAUGGCGAGCAGUAUUCACAUCGCCGGCAUUCCUGGCUAUCCUGGUAGCUCACACGUGUUCUAACUUCGGCUGGUACAUGGUGCUCAUUGAGCUGCCCUUCUACAUGAAGCAAGUGCUCAAGUUUAAUAUGACUGAGAACGCGUUAGCGGUGUCUAUGCCAUUCCUAUCUCUGUGGUUCUUCAGCAUGGUGCUGAGUCGCACUCUGGACUGGCUGCGCGGCAAGUCUAUCAUCACUACCACCACGGCUAGGAAAAUUGGCACUAUAUGUGCCUCUCUAGUGCCGGGAGGCUGUUUGCUAGCGAUCUGCUACAUCGGCUGCAGCCGGGCGGCGGCGGUGGCGCUCAUGGCGGUGGCCGUCACGUCCAUCGCCGGCAUGUUCUGCGGCUUCCUCUCCAACCAUAUCGAUAUCUCGCCUAAUUUCGCUGGUACAUUGAUGGCUAUUACAAACACAGUGGCAACAGUUCCUGGCAUUGUGGUGCCCAUCUUCGUAGGCUAUGUCACUCAUGGCAAUCAAACAAUACAUGCAUGGCGCAAGAUAUUCUUCACCACCAUAGGUUUGUAUGUCAUCGAGUUGGUAACAUACACUAUAUUCGGCUCCGGAGAGGAACAACCUUGGAACAAAGUGGACACUGAAGACAAGAAGGAAAGCAAGCAGUCUCAUAGAAAUUCUAUCCUUUAUUUUUCCAUAUAUGAAUAGGUAGGAGUAAAAGAAGUCUAUUGAUGCUAAUACUAUUUUAGUUAAGUUUAAACCUGACUACGAUUGUUAAGUUUACAAAAAAGUUAAAACUAUGACUUACAUACAAGGAUAUGUCUAAAUGUUCCGUACUCUAUGGCGCUUGACUAACAAAGCAGGUUUGAAUGAAUGAUAUUUUUUAGACAAAUAAAAAACAAUGUUAUAGAGAUUUUAUAAUAUCUUUAUUCCCUAAAAUGAUGCUUUAAAUGUCUAGGUAAUCAAUAUAAUAUUAGCCGGUUAUAUUUACUGAUAGUACUUAAAGAGGCAGGAAAAAUCUAAGGAUAGUGCAUAUUUUGUGGUCUGUUGUAUGAUGAAUAGUAUUUUUGUAACAAUAACUUUAUUGUUUUUAAUAGUAUUAUAACUGUAUGCGAAAAUGAAAAUUUAGUUUUCCAUAUUUUUAUUCAAAUUGUGAGAGGGAUAAGAUUAUACUUAGGUAAUUGUAUUUUUUUAAGUAACGAAUUCUCACAGCUUUAUUUUUAAGUGACUUAGUAUAAAAUUUCGCAACUAAGGUCAAUUUGAAAAAAAUAAUAAUAAUGACAACUAAUUAAAUAUUAUUUUGUUUGUUUAAAAUAGAUAUUGCAUGAAAGAUUUCUGAGCUUUUUUGCAAGUACUAGUAAUUUCUCUCUAUUUAUUGUUCUCGUCAAAGUUCUUCUUUGUGACACAUAAAUACAAGAACUUAAAAUUACUGUUUUAUGUUGAAAAUAACGUGUUUUUAUGUAUUAUAAGAUUAUUAUAGACUGACAAAAUUAUGAAAAUAUUAUAGUGUGUAGUGUUUUCAAACAUAUGAAAUUAUUAUGCAUUUAUAUUCAAAAUAUUUAAAAAAUGUACUUAUACUUGAAAGUUUGCUUACCAAAGACAUUUUGUGUACUUACGCAAAGGUUUUUAUAAAUAAAAGUUUUAUUAAUUUUA